UAUUUGUCAUCCUACGUAACAAUGACGUUUUUCUAUGGCAAAAAUUGCGCGGCGUGUGUUUAGCUGUCCUAGCAGACCAAUGUGGCUCACCAGAAACUUGUCUCAGACACAAACAAGGAAGGAUUGACUAAUACAUCAGAUCACCUGGAGAAGUCACAGCUUCUGUGCUUCAAAAUGAGUGAGGACACAGACUCCCCCCCUGAGAGGGAAAUGAAGGAUUUUCAGUUUCGACAGAUGACGAAAACAAGAGUAUUUCACCCUGCUGGAGAUUUACCAAAAGAAAGAACUAGUCUGCUUACCAUCUCAAACAAAUUUGGUUUAACUUUUGUCGGGCUCGGCAGAACUUUCAAAGUUUUCCCAACUCAAGACAUUCUGGGUGCCGAUAAAUAUGAUGGCAACACCAACGAAAUAGUCGAGGGGAUUGCAGCAUUGGCAGAUGUGUCUGUGGAGCUGUCCCUGCACCACUUGGCUCUCAGUUGCGAUGAACUUACAUUGUCAGUAUGUGGCAUGUCUGAGGAGGGGGGUUUGUUCCUCACAUUCUACGAUGUCCGCACCUUCAUGAACAAGGCAAGAUCACAGAAGCUGCCUUUUGCAUCACUGCUGCCACCGGUACAUCCUGGCACUUUAGUGCAAGACCUAAAGUGGAAUCCUCUACAGGCAUCCAUGUUGGCCGCCUGUCUGUCUGACGGCCGUAUGAUGAUUUUGGAUGUUACUGACUGUGUCAAAGUGUCCGCCGAGCUCCCUGCUUCAAGUGGCAUCACAUGUCUUUGCUGGAGUCCAAAAGGAAAACAAGUUUCUGCAGGAAAAAUGAAUUCCACAGUCAGUCAGUAUACACCAGCACUGGAGGAAAAAAAAGUUAUCCCAUGUCCAAACUUCUACACCUCUGACGAACCUGUCAAAGUUCUGGAUGUGCUGUGGCUGAGAACCUUUGUGUUUGCAGUGGUAUAUGCUGCGGCAGAUGGGUCUCUUGAGACCCCUCCUGAGCUAGUGUUGAUCUCCCUCCCUAAGAAGGAUGAGAAGGUGGAGAUAAAGUAUCUGAACUUUAGUGACACGGUGUACGGCAGCUGCACGGAGCGACAACACCACUACUUUCUCAGCCAUGUAGAAGACUGGGACCUCGUGUUUGCGGCAUCAGCGGCUUCCAUUGAAGUCGGUGUCAUAGCCGCCAGACCAGAGGACAAGAACUGGGAGCUUUGGAUCCUGGAAGAUGCGAGUAGGGCUGAGCUUCCUGUGACUGAGACCAAUGAAGACACUCUGCCCCUUGGCUUAGCCAUAGACUACACCAGCCAGCAGGAGAUCCAAAUCACCGACGAGAAGACCUUGCCCCCUGUGCCCACCAUGCUGAUGCUAUCCACGGAGGGAAUACUCUGCCCAUUUUCUCUGCUCAACCUCAAUCCCGGGGUGAAGCAGCUGGUCUCGGUGCCCACUGUCCUGGCCCCGGAGGGAGAGAGACUUCCCAAGCCAGGUUCUUUGGCAGCCCAACCACCCAGAAUGAUUGCCUCCUUCCCAUCUGUCCCAGCAACAUUCCCAAACCUCGGUCUUACUUCAGCAGCUGCUUCCACUCCUCUGGCCCUUGCUGCAUCUUCCUCCGCUGCCCCAUUCAGCAUUGUUCCCACAGCUGUAUCGUCUGCAUCAUCAGGCUUCGUUUUCUCGGUCCCAUCUACAUGCGCCCCCUCUGCUCCUCCAGCUUUCUCCCUGGCGGCAUCCGCCCCUUUUGGCUCGGGAUCCUCAGGCUUCUCCUUUGCCUCCAAACCUCCCUCUGAAACUCCCUCGGCACCUUCAGCUUUUUCCUUCACCCCUCCCAUCAAACCUUCAGCGGUGGCGUCUCCAGUUCCAGCUCCAACACCCCAGAGCAUUGCUGCUGCCUCCCCAGCAGCAGUGAAAAUUAAUCUAAAUGAGAGGUUUUUAGCACUGGAGACACCAGCACCAUCCCCACAGUCUUUCUCCUUCAAUUCCCCGCUGCCUAAAACAGUUACUCCCAAUUCCAGUAGCUUGACCGCCCCUCCACUCUCGGCCACUAAGCCACCGGCUGUAAUGGCCCCAGUGCGUCCAGUUCAAACCAGCACGCCACCAACAGUCGUCCAAAAACCAGCUCCUGCUGCUCAGAGCCGUGUCCAAACUCCACAGGCAGCUGUUAGUAUGAAGGCCCUGGAGAAGCAGCUACAGCAAAAAAAAGACUUUGAUCCCAUUAUGGCCGGUAUAUUGGAGGAGAUUGCACACUUCCAGAAGGAGUUGGAUGACCUUAAGGCACGAAGCGCAAGAGCUGACUUCAAGGUUGGCACAAAUGAGGAGAUGAAGGAGUUGAGGAAGGAGUCAGAGGACUUCCAUGUUUUCACCCUGGAGAUCAAGGAAACAACAGAGUCUCUCCAUGGGGACAUUGGUGCACUGAAGACCACCUUACUGGAGGGCUUUGCUGGGGCAGAAGAUGCAAAGGCCCAGAGCGAGCUGAGCAGAGACAAGAAUUACAGACAGCUGCUGUACAUAAAAGCUCUGGACCCCCGCAGCGACGAACAGCUCAAGGAGAUUCGCAGGCUGUACCAGUAUGUUAUGUUUGCUGUGGAAGAUGUCAAUGACGUUUUGGAUGUGGAAUGGGAGAAACACCUGGAGAAGAAGAAAAAGCAGAAACACAUGGUGGUGCCAGGGCGUGAGGGUCUGUUCACGACACUGGCCAACAACCUGUACAUCAUCAACCAGCAGAAGAACCGAUUGGACCAGUUGGUUAAGCAACUCACUUCUCUGCGCCUCUACAACAAGACUACCCCUCUAACUAUACACUGUAGUACUGCUGCAGAAACAACUGCUGGUUUGGAAAGCGAGCUUGAGAGUUUAAGGGAUGCGCUCCUGAAAGCCAGGCUGGACAACAACCCUCCUAUGCCCAAAUCCAAAUCUCCAGCAGUCAAGAUAUCGCCGGUGAAACAGUCCCAGCUGCGUAACUUCCUCUCAAAGGGGCAGAUGCCUCCUGUCCGCUCAACUGCACCAGCCAACCUGUCCCGCUCGGCCUUCCUUUCACCUAAAUACUACGAGGACUUGGAUGAUGUGAGUUCUACGUCCUCCCUGUCGCAGUCCCUGGAGCCUCACCCAGCUGACUUGGAGCUGGAGGAGGAGGAGGAACUUCAGUUAGAACCUCUUCCCCUUAGUAUCAUUUCUCCAGCAUUGAACACCCCCCGCCACCCCACAGUCGUGAGGACCCCCUCUAUCCAGCCAGGCUUCGGGGCCAUCCAGUCCACCCCUUUAACAAAGAUUCACUCUGUACAGGGUAUGGGCUUUGGACUCAGCCCUAUUGCCAGCCCUGUUCCAACCAAUAAGAUCAACCUCUGCGGGGCUGACAGCACUGCUCUUGCCACAAAGACGGUAAAACAUGGAGCCCCUCCAACUGACAGGAACAUCCCUGUCACCAACCCUGCCCAGCAGGCUGCAGCCACUGCUGCUCUACGCAGGCAGAUGGCCAAUCAGAAGACAGCUGUCGGCAGUACUUCCUUGACAGAGUCCACUUUGAAGACUGUGCCUGUCGUCAAUGUCCAGGAGCUGAGGGACAAAGGCCCUCCUAUGCCAGUUUCCAAUAUCAUCAGCUCAUCAGCACCAGAUCCAGCAGCUCCGGUCUUUGCAACAGUUUCUUCCAACCAGGCCAAACGAAAUCCUUCCCAAGGUAUCCAGAAGAUGUCCGCUGAAAGUACAACCAACCCACAGUCGAGCUUUGUGUUUGGUCAGUCAUCCAAAACAGAUGUUUCAGUGGCUCCUGCUAGCUCAUCAGAGCAAAGUGCCAGCAAAGGUUUCUCCUUCGCAUCAGGGUCUGCAGGCUACAGUUUUGGUUCUGUUACACAGGCAGCUGGAAUCUCACAAGUUAAGGAUGUGAAUAAAUUCUCUUUUAGUGGAAAUGGCAAGAUGAUGUUUGGCCAGACUGGGGAAGAGCCAUUCUCCCUCACCCCAAAUUCCACCUCCCCUGCUCUUGGCACUGGGUCUCCCACCCUGGCUCUAAACACGUCAGGAGACAAACCAGCCUCUACCACAACUGCCCUCAGGAUAGAGCCACAGCCCGUUAAGACAGUUGGGGGGGAGACCCUGGGCAGUUUCUCUGGACUACGUGUGGGCCACGGAGAAGAAGCGAAAGAUUCAUCCACAAAACCCGCUGCUGGCUCAUUUAGCUUUGUGGAAGCUGGACUUGGUAUGGGCAAGGGUGCACAGUUAAGCUUUGUUGCAGGUCUCCAAAAGUCUGCAGAAGACUCUACAGCAGCUGACUUGUCCAAGGGGGCAGCAUCAGGAAGUUUGUUCAAGCCUCCUGAACAGAACCCAAAGCCAGCCUUUUCUGUUCCGCAGUCUAGCAUAACUGCCUCAGCUUCACCUACGUCUUUCGGUAGUCUUCUUGCGGCUUCUUCAGAGGAGCCAAAGGUUUCCCCACAACCUUCAGAACCUACCCCACCCCCUGAGAGAGAACCCGCUCCUGGACUAGCUGUAGAGACCCCCAGUCCCCUUGCAGUACCUGACCCCGCAGCGAAUGCAGCCAUCACAGAAACAACAGCAGCCACAGUUACAGCACCAACACCCGCACCGCUUCUGGCCACAACUGCCCCGACCCCAGACCCUCCCCCCUAUAUCACCGAGCCAACUGAUGCAAUCCCUCCAACACCAGCCAUUGCGGCUCCCACAAUAGAAGCCAUCCCAGACAGCUCCACCACCACUGCUCAUAUGCCCACAGCUGCUGCUACGCCUGCUGUAGCACCAAUCCCCCAGUUAGCUCCAACAGUGUUUCAGGUGCCUAGUUCUGACAAACCAGGCUCCAUUUUUUCUCAACCUCCCUCCUCUAUAACAGACGGCAGUUCCCUAGCAGCUACACCAGUUAUCAACACAGUUGCUGCCGCAGCCACCACUCCCACCCCUACUGUUGUUAACAGCACAACAACUACUGCUGCUAGCACUGUCUUUGGGCAACCUGCUGCACCUCCAUCUGCCUUGGCCCCCUCAGCUCCGGCAUCCACAGGAUUUGGCUCAACUGCGUUUGGUGCAACAACUGGGACUGGUUUUGGCAAAUCUGUGUUUGGCCAGGUGGGUGGCUUCGGCCAGCCUGCCAGCAACACUGACACAUCUGGGGGCUUUUCUUUUGGCCAAUCUGCGUUUGGGGCAAGUUCUAACAGUGCGACUACUGGAGGAAGUCUUUUCGGUGCUGCUACUGCUACCAAUGCCAGUUCCUUCUCUUUUGGCACGAGCAGUGCCAACACAGCCAGCAGCACUGGCUCUGGGCUGUUUGGACAAACCACAGCACCAGCAUUUGGCCAAAGCUCUGGAUUUGGGCAAGGGUCUGUCUUUGGCAGUAAUACCACCACAUCCUCAUCUACAGGAUUCAGCUUUGGACAGCCCUCCGGUGAGUCUUUUGGCUGCUCUCCCACCACCCCUGUGUUUGGCCAACAAGCUACCAGCGGAAGUGUAUUUGGACAGCAGCAGCCGUCAUCUGGUGCGACUCUGUUUGGCUCAAAUUCAGCCAAUCCAGCCGGCUCAACUGCUGGUGGAGGGUUCUUCACUGGCCUUGGAGGCAAACCGAGCGAAGAAGCUGCCAACAAAAACCCAUUCGGCACCAAUGCCCCCACCGGAGGGUUUGGGCAGCCCGCUCAGACGGGUGCCAACACUCUGUUUGGGAACACCAGUGCCAAGACCUUUGGUUUUGGACAGACCUCCUUUGGCGAACAGAAACCUAGUGGGACCUUCACUACCGGUGCAGGGAGUGUCGCAGCCCAGGGAUUUGGCUCCUUCGCUUCUCCGGCAAAAGCAGGUGGUUUUGGCAGUGCUCCGGUGUUCGGGAGUCCCCCUUCCUUUGGUAGUUCCCAAGCAUUUGGUGCUGGAGCAACAUUUGGCUCAAGCCCUUCCUUCGCCAACAACAUGGUUCCCUCAGCUGGUAAAGUGUUUGGAGAGGGAACCGCUGCUUCCAGCAUGGGAGGAUAUGGGUUUGCCUCACCUCCCAGCGGCCCGUCCUUUGGUGCUCUAGCCAAUCAGAGCGCUCCGUCAUUCGGGGGCCUGGCCCAGCAGGGACCUGGGUUUGGAAGUCAGCCCAGCAGCUUCUCAGGCUUUGGACAGCAGCCACAGGCGGGAGGAUUUUCUGGACACCCAAACACCUUUGGGUCUGCAAACCACCAGAGGUCCUCGGGGUGUGUUCCAGUGUGAUGCACUCUGAAGUGUGCGGGAGUGUGUCAAGACGAGAUCAAGUUGGAGAAGCUAGUUUUAUUAAACCUCCACGUCACUGCUACAGUACUUUCUGCAAUCAAGCUCUUUGUGCCACAUAAUGGGUGAAGGGAAAAGGGCGAAGAUCGUUUGGCUUAAAUAAAGUGAAUUAGAAGAUAUACUUGCAUUUUCCUUUCAUAGAAAGCUUUUUUUUUAUUUCAGAAAGAAGUUACAGGUUUUUGAGCAGUUUGCAUAUUGCAAUUCAUUCUCUACAUAUAUAUUCAUUUGGAGAGUUUAUGCCUGAUAUUAGUAUUUUAAUAGGAUACAGGAGGAUCAAGUAUUGACAUCUAUACAAAUAUUAGACGGUUUAGUGAGGUACCUGGAGAAACGGGUUUCCUUUUUUAAGGUUUUUGAGAAUCAUAGAAAACUCUUUUUGCAAACUGGUCCACAAGCUUCUUCAGAAAAUGUAGUACAUUGUUGUUUUGCAUUUUGAAGUUUUUGUUUCGUAAAUACACGUACAAAAACAUUCAAGCUUCUGAACAGUACACUCUUCCAUCUUAUUAUUUGAAAUUGUGUUAUCAACAUGGCAAAUUAAAGUCAUUCAGUCCAGUCUUAUCUGUAACUGAACAAUUCAACAAGCGCAACAUUUUGAACUGUGAUAGAAAGAAUUGUUGGGGGAAAAAAAAAGUUAGAUUUUUUCCUUUUUCAAAUGAUUUUUGCAGUAAAUCCCACUUGAUGUAUAUUUUUACAUGAAAACAUGGAAAUAAAUGAAAUUUCUCAAAUUA